ACGGAAACCACAGAGGAACAAAAGUGGGGCUUGCUGCAACCAGAGGCAGCUAUGGCAUCUAACAGCCUUUUCAGCACAGUGACACCAUGUCAACAAAACUUCUUCUGGGAUCCCAGCGCCAGUCGGAGGUUCAGUCCGCCGUCCAAUAGCCUCCAGCCGGUCCCAGGGAAGAUGAACGAUGUGAGCUCCCCAGCCGGGCAGCCGGACGCAGCGGCGGCGGUGCCAAGACUGCGUCCCCACGAAAACCGCAGCAUGGCCGAGAUCAUCGCGGACCACCCGGCCGAGCUGGUCCGGACCGACAGCCCCAACUUUCUGUGCUCGGUCCUGCCCUCCCACUGGCGGUGCAACAAGACGCUGCCUGUCGCCUUCAAGGUGGUUGCCCUGGGAGACAUACCUGAUGGGACCGUUGUCACAGUAAUGGCAGGCAAUGAUGAGAACUACUCCGCCGAGCUGCGGAACGCCUCAGGUGUGAUGAAGAACCAAGUCGCUCGCUUCAACGACCUUCGCUUCGUGGGCCGCAGUGGCCGAGGCAAGAGCUUCACACUGACAAUCACAGUAUUCACCAACCCACCACAAGUGGCCACUUACCACCGAGCCAUAAAGGUCACCGUGGACGGACCGCGUGAGCCCAGGAGACAUCGUCAGAAACUGGAGGACCCUCCCAAGACUGGUCUCUUCUCAGACCGCCUUAGUGAGCUGGAGAGGAUGAGGGUGAGGGUGGCUGUUCCAACUCAAGGCCCCCGGCCAACUCUCAACACAGGGGCCAACUCCUUCAACCCACAGGGGCAGACACAGAUAACAGACCCUCGUCAGUCCCAGUCCUCUCCUCCUUGGUCGUAUGAACAGACGUACCCGUCCUACCUGAGUCCAAUGGCGUCCCCCUCAGUCCACUCCACCACCCCCCUCUCCUCCAGCCGAGGCACGGGCCUGCCUGCCAUCAGUGACGUGCCUAGACGAUUGCCAGGUACCUCUGACCUGAGCCCAUUCCCCGGUCAGUUCGAGCGUCAGUUCCCGGGCCUCUCCUCCCUCACUGAGAGCCGUUUCUCCAGCCCUCGGAUGCACUACCCGGCCACCUUCACCUACACCCCGCCCGUCACCUCGGCCAUGUCGCUGGGCAGCGCCCACUACCACACCUACCUUCCCCCUCCAUACCCGGGCUCCACCCAGAGUCAGAGCGGACCCUUCCAGACCAGCAGCACGCCCUAUCUCUACUACGGCGCUUCCUCCGGCUCGUACCAGUUCUCCAUGGUUCCCGGCGGGGAUCGCUCGCCAUCCAGGAUGAUCCCGCCUUGCACUAGCGCCUCCACGGGCACCUCCCUGGUGAACCCCAACCUGCCCAGCCAGACGGAGGGAGGGGUGGACGGCGACGGGAGCCACAGUAACUCCCCGACUGUCCUCAACCCUGGAGGCCGCAUGGAUGAAGCUGUCUGGAGGCCAUAUUGAAGAAAACCAAGGGGGCGGAGAUAAGAAGUCAACUGAUGUCAUGGUUUGAAAGCACAAAACCUUUUUUUAUUGAAAAGGGGAUUUUUGAGCUCUCAUCAGCUAUCUCUUCAUUUUGCUCGGAAAUUAAGGUUGAGAUAAAAAACAAAAACAGACCAGACUUGUAUGGACUCGUCUUCCUGGAAUGUGUUUUGACCAAGGCACUACAAAGGGAGUCAUUCUCACAGCAAUAAUGAGAAAGACAAUUUUGGUUUACUAGGCCCAAGUGGAUGAGACUUUAUUUCAGUUUUAUUAUAAUCCACAAGCUUCAAGGGAUGCUUCAACAAUAUUUGUAAAAGACUGCCUCUUUUGUAUAGUGUUUGUAUUUCAAUAAGGCUUUUUGCAGAGCAUGUUUUUGUACUACGACAAUAUCAAGAUGCAAGUUAGGCACUGAGUAGCAAGUGAUGAGAGUAACACAUAUGUUACCUUAAGUGGUAUGGACAGUAAAUUUGCUUUAAACCAAUUAAUUUAACUUGUAUAUUGUGGGUGAAACGUUGGUGUAGAUUGAGGCGUUUUCUUAGUUUUAACUUAUAAAGCCAUAAAUUAUGUAUUGUAUUUGAAACUUGAGUCAAAGAAGUGUAAUCUGAAUAUUUUUGAUGCAUCUAUAUGACUAAGUUAAAAUGAUUUUUUCUUUUUUGAUAGGUAAUUUAAGAGAGUGAGAGGUUUAAUUGUUUUUGUCGUACCCAAAGAUUUAAAUCGUUUCGAAUAUGAAAUGUAAUUUCCAAAGAGUAUUGCAACAUGUUUCUUCUGGUGUAACUUUCAGUUUAACUGCUCCACGCGUUAAGAGCCCAACAUCCUCGCUAGGCGUUGACACACAUUUGGCUUGGUAUUAAACCUUUGGUAUUUAUUGAGCAAUAACUUGUAUUGUGCCUCUUGGCAACAUACCAUGAAAGAGAGCUUCAAUGGGGAAAAAUAAUUAUCCGUCGGGGAAAUUCUGCUUGAUUUCUUUAGUUUGUCUCGUCUGACAUGCUCACAGAUACAUGUGUAUCCUCUCGUCCAAAUAAGAAAUGGUACAUUUAUACACGAACUGACAUGUAGCCCAAAGAUGAUUUUUGGCAGUGCCACGCCUUGUGGUGCACGCCACAGCAGCAGGUCAGACUUUUAAGGUUCAGUUACUUUAUGAUACAUGAACUCCUCAAGACUGGAAUAAUCCCUGGAUGAUCUCAAGUCUCACAGAUUUGCGUAUUUUCAUUUUCAUAUCCAGUCCGGCUGUCGAGAUUAUAGAGAAACAUGCCAAGUCUAUCACAGCUUUCAUAUCAUGUGCAAAAGAUGGCUUUGAAAAAGUUUGUCUUAGUGUGUGACACACACGGGUACUGUCUUUGUUUGUUUCUUUGCUUCUUUCUCUUUCGGUCUCUGAGACUGAAAAGGAUAUAUCACAGUUAAAGACAAAAGAGAGACUGUGACAUUCCUUCAGACUUUUAUUUAUUUUCCUUUGUUUUUAAAUUUGCUUUUGUUGGAAUGGUUUACCGAACAGAUCUGUGUCGUCCUCGCAUACCGGUGUCACAAUCUCAAACCAUUCUGUGGCUCCAGUAUGACGGGAGGUCUGAUAUUUUCCAAUUUGAAAUUACUAUGUGAGAUUUAAAAAGAGAAGUGUUGGCGUUGGAGGAAAAAAAGUGCAAAAACCGAGGUGAUUGGACGCAGCUGCUGGCAGCAAACUGGUAACCAAAAAAUAUGGGAGACUUGUGUAUGUUUGUUUCAUAAAGCACUUAUUUCUUGUUUUAUUUCUAGCAGCACUUGCGGCAGGCUGCCAGCAGGGCUCGUGGUUUUGGUCCUCAGUGCAGAUAUAACACCACUGGAGUCACACACACACACAUAUACACACUCAGAAUGGAUAACACUUGGCCAAACAAGCCAUUUACAUUGGAGUUGAAUCUGAUCUCUCAAGGCAGUUGGUAUUUGUUAAAAAAAAAAAAGCAUUUCUCUUGCUUUCAUACAAUAUGAUAUUCAGUGCAUGUAGGUAAUAUAAUAACCCAAUUUGAAAAAGCUGAGAAAAACACGAGCCUGUCCAAGGAUCAGGCUUCAAGCUUUUCAUUGAAGGUUUGCACGCAGUGCCUCUUUCCCUGUCUCUGCAGAGGAUGUUCUGAACUCACUUAAUGGAAUUGAACAUGUCACAGUACAUUUCCCCGACUGCCCCGGCCCAAACGAAAAGUCUUUUUGCUGUUAUAGUGUAACGUAAGAAACCAAAUAAAAACCUUUUAGAUUGUUGUAAUUUUACAGCUUUUUUCCAACUACGACUUUGUCCAGUGUCUCCAUAGUAACGAUGCACAUCUGUGGGAAUUUUUUUUUUUUUUCAUCCGCUUCUUUCUUUCCAAACUGAACAGGAAAUGGUCUUUUAAAAACUGUUUACACAUCAAUGCAGCACUGACAUCCCAUUUUGUCCUCAUCUGCUUUUGUUUGUGUUGUUCAUCCUCCUUUCUUUGCUUCGGUUAAAUGUUGCGUCAUCACAAAGCCUUGUAUUAUUUAAUGAUCAACAUGUAUGAUAUCCAGGAACCAUUACUUUACCCUGCUCUUAUGUAAAGUUUACUUGUUAUGUCUUUUGUUGUGCUUCUUCUCUCAUGAACACUUGUCAGGAAACUGAAACUAAUGGAGACUCUGUUAGGAUUUGCUGGUACGUUUCAUAAAGAUCAUCAAGUGAGUUGUUUUUUUGUUGUUGUUUUUUUAAAGGGACAAACAGACCUGACAACAGUGAGUGAA